AUGGACGGUCCCCUUGACGUUGAUGAGAUUUGGAAAUCCCUCGGAACAUGGGGUAGAUACCAAAGAGGACAAAUGUUCCUGUGUUUAAUUGCAGUUGUACCUGUAGCAUUUCAACUCCUUUCAGUAGUAUUUUUAGUCUAUCGUCCUCCCUUUGAGUGCAAUGUGACAACAGCCAGUGACAUAUUUCCUCAUGAAGAUCAGAACAACUCUACAUAUCGAUUCGUUUACAACAAAUGUACUAUAGAUGUGUUUAGCAAUGAUACGGAUUUCAACUCCACACUCAUAACAAGUACCGACUGUGUAUCGGGAUACACGUAUGACGAGCCACGUGAUGUUUCCAUAGUAACGGAAUGGAAUUUGUUUUGCGAUGGAGGAGAGAAAGCAGAGCUAACCCAAACCUUAGUGAUUCUUGGGCAAGGAAUAGGAGCAGUGAUAUUCUCAACUUUGGCAGACAUGUACGGACGGAAACCUGUUCAUAUACUUUGUCAUAUUGCCAUGUUUGCAGUGUCGUUGUGUGCUGCAUGGUCUCCAAAUCCUGCUGUCUUUACGGCCUUGCGGUUUUUAAUAGGAGCUUUCCAGGCGGGUACUGGUUUAACAGUUGCUGUUGCGGCACUAGAAUCUCUACCAGUGAAUUCCAGAUACUUGUGGGAAAUUGCUGAUUUAAUUUGUUGGACCACAGGCUGCAUCCUCGUCGCACCUGUCGCUUACAUCUUCCGGAAUAUGUCAUGGCGCUCUAUGCAAAUUGCGUUUGCCGUUGGAUCUGCUUACAGCCUUCUUGAAUAUUGGUUUCUUGAAGAAUCGCUUAGAUGGCUUCUUGCAAACAACAAGAAAGACCAAGCUGAGAAGAUUAUCAGGAUGGCUGCUCGAAUGAACGGAAAAGACUUUAAUUCUGUGAUUAAAGCGGCUUCUACCAAGGCGAAAGAAAUGGAGACGUUUCUGUCAAACAAUAUCACACCUGCAGUAACAACGCCGACGUCCGAGGCAUGCGUGGUAAACGAUUCUAAAGAUGAUUUAAAACCCACAAAACCGGAGAAAUACAAUGCAUUUACUAUAUUCCAACACAAGAGGAUUCUACUCAACUCUCUCAUUAUUUGGUAUACAUGGACAACGAACAGUCUUGUGUAUUAUGCGUUAUAUCUGGGUUCAACGUCCCUCUCUGGGGAUCGCUACAUCAACUACUUCCUGAUGGCGCUUGUGGAGUACCCAGCUGCAGCCUCUCAGUGGUAUUCCAUUAAAAGAUACGGACGGAGAAAAUCUUGUUUGAUAUUCCAUACACUUGCCGGUGUAUCUCUAGCAGUAUCCACAGUGUGUUUAGUAUACCAAGAUGACAUUCCCGAAUUGGCAACAGUUUCUCUUGUUUUCAACUUCUUGGGAAAGUACGCUAUCACGGCCUCAUUUAGCACUGUAUUCCUUUAUACGCCGGAACUUUACCCCACUAACCUAAGGAGUGCUGGACUAGGACUUGCAUCGAUGUGCUCUCGGGCGGGAGGAAUGCUUGCCCCAUUUGCUACGUCCGUGGCUGGUGUCGUAGUUUGGUUACCAGGAGCUAUUUUUGCUGCUAUGUGUCUCCUAACGGUAUACUUGACGUCUUUUCUACCAGAAACCUCGGGCCAUGAACUUCCAACAACGAUCUCCGAACUCAAGUUGUGGUACAAAGCUAAUACGGGAGGCAGGCAGAAACCUAAACCAGUCGCAACUGCCUGA